CCUAGAAUGGGGGGUGGGGUGGGCUGGAGAGAAGAGAGGAGAAGGAGGUGACUGAGAGGACUGCAGCUGGGAGGGCGGUAACCGAGGGGAGGAGAACUGGUGGCGUCCCCAACUCGCGGGGUCCGGAACGGCGACGCGCCCGCGCCCAGCUGAUUGGAGCCCUUCAGGCCUCCCGCGCCCGACCGGCAGCCCAAUCGUAUAAAGCUUCCUCUAAGCUGGGCCCUCGGCAAACGGGGUCCAGAGAGUUUCGCGCCUUUUGGCUAAGGAACCAUGACUGGCCGGGACGCGCUUUCCGACGGCCGCACCAGGAGCAGGGCGCUGGUGCCUGGCGGUUCUCCCCGGGGCUCGCGACCCCGGGGCUUCGCCAUCACGGACCUGCUGGGCUUGGAGGCCGACCUGCCGGCGCCCGCCGGCCCGGAACAGGGAUCUGGCUGCGAGGGUCCGGCGGCCGCACCGUGCCCUGGCCCAGGGCUCGACAGCUCCAGCCUGGCGCGUGGGGGCCUCCCGCUGGGGCUCGGCCUCCUCUGUGGCUUCGGCGCGCAGCCUCCCGCGGCCGCUCGAGCGCCCUGCCUGCUCCUAACUGACGUGCCGUUCCUGCCGCCCAGGGGCCCCGAGCCCGUUGCCCCGCAGGCCCCCAGUCGGCCGCCUGCGCUCGGCCGCCAGAAGCGCAGCGAGAGCGUCUCGACAUCCGAUGAGGACAGCCCAUGUGAAGACAGGAAUGACCUAAAGGCGUCCCCCACCCUGAGCAAGAGGAAGAAGCGGAGGCACAGGACAGUUUUCACUGCUCACCAGCUGGAAGAGCUGGAGAAGGCGUUCAGCGAGGCCCACUACCCUGAUGUGUAUGCCCGAGAAAUGCUGGCUGUGAAAACCGAGCUCCCUGAAGACCGGAUACAGGUCUGGUUUCAAAACCGCAGGGCCAAAUGGCGCAAGCGGGAGAAGCGCUGGGGCGGCAGCAGCGUGAUGGCCGAGUACGGGCUGUACGGGGCCAUGGUGCGCCACUGCAUCCCGCUGCCCGACUCCGUGCUCAACUCCGCCGAGGGCGGCCUGCUCGGCUCCUGCGCGCCCUGGCUCUUGGGGAUGCAUAAAAAAUCCAUGGGGAUGAUAAGGAAGCCAGGAAGUGAAGAUAAGUUGGCAGUACUCUGGGGCUCUGACCGCCUCAAAGAAGGUUCUAGCCAGAGUCAGGCAGGACCACAGAGAGGCUCGGAUAAAGUGAGCCCUGAGAAUGCCUUGGAAGAUGUGGCGAUGGACCUCUCCAGCUCUGCCCGGCCGGAGACCAAGAAAGUGCACCCAGGGGCUGGUGCUCAAAGAGAAUCCAACUCCACGGCACUGGAGGGGUCCCAGCCAGGGAAGGCGGGAGCCGUAUGAGACCAACAGGUUUCACCAUCUAAGGCUGAAAAUGUGCAUAUUCCUCACUGGCAUUUUCCAAAAGACAAAAGUGGUCCAAGACUUAGACUUUCAGUUUGAUUUUCUUCUUACAACAUCAAGAUAAAAUGCAAUGCCACUUGCUUUAAGAGGACAGAUGAGUGACCUAAGGAAAAUUCUAUUUCAUUUUAGAAUGGAAACGGUUUCUUAAUGGCACUUGAACCAGUUGACUUGGUGCAGAACUUUUGAUUCUCUUUUGUAACUUGGGCAGGGAGGAACUGAAGUUUAAAAAGCAUUUCGCUGCCGGGCGUCAUUUGAGAUGUGUGUUUCAAUGUACUGUGUAGAUGAAUAGGUUCGGUCUUAUCUCCUCAUUCUCAAUUAGGAAAUAUAAAAUUCUUUAACCUCCAGAAAAAUCUGAUGUUGUUGUAGUGAAGACUCCACGCAGACACAUGAAUGAAUUACGCUGUCUUUACCUUGAACUUGGCCUUGGGCAUUUCAAUUUUCAGGUUAGGCAGCAAUUCUGUGUUUUCCUGAGUGUCACUUGAUAGGCUCAUCUCGGGACUCAGAGAAAGCCACACUCUGGGCGUGUCUGCAUUUCCUUCAGAAACAGCAUGAAAUAAUGUCUGAACAAUUGUUGGAUAUCUGGAAACAGUGUUUUAAGUCAGACCAGGCUUUUGGUCUUUUAAAACUCAUGAUUGAAAGCACUUUAGUGACCUGGAUUUUGUGAAUGUUUCCUGCACUUCCUUUGCCAUUUAUUUAUUAUUUAAAAAUAAACGUUUGUGGUGUGUUUGCUUCUCAAGGUACUCCCUCUAUUACACA